ACUGGUAGUAGUAGGUCGACCUCGACGUACACGGGUGGAAGACAAGAGUGGAUCAUCUCAAGUUGUCCUCACAAAGGAGAAAAAAACAUCAACUUAAUUCGCACCUUUGGAUGCACGCUACGCGCGUUGGUCUGGAUUAAUUUUUUUCCACCUACUUGAAUUUUAGUUAUUUUUAAUUUACUUUAAAAACAAAUUGAUCAUAAUGGGAUCACAGGCAUCAAAGGGAGGAGUGGCUGUGGAGGGGAAAGCCGCCGAUGCUGAUCCGGCUGCCGUCAAGACAAACGGACAGGAGAACGGUCAUGUUAAGACCAAUGGUGACGUAAAAGCAGAAGGAGAUGCCGCCACCACCAAUGGUUCCGCAGAGACAGCCAAAGAAUCGGAGGCCGGAGCUGGUGAUGCCAUCGAACCCGCACCCGCCACCGAGGGAGAGGCGGCCAAACCCGAGGGCGAGGCCACCAAGGAGACCCCCAAGAAGAAGAAGAAGAAGUUCUCCCUGAAGAACUCCUUUAAAUUCAAGGGCAUCUCGCUGAAGAAGAACAAGAAGAGUGCCGAGGUGAAGGAAGAGGCAGCUGCUGCUCCUGCCACCGAAGAGAAGCCUGAGGAGAACGGGGCAGCCGCUGAGGAGAAGAAGGAGGAGGACACCAAGGCCGAUGAGACACCCGCUCCUGCCGAGACCCCCAAGGCUGAGGAAACCGCGGCCAAACCCGAGGAGGCUGCUGCCCCCAAGGAAGAGGCUGCUGCACCUGCUGCAGAGCCCACAAAACCAACAGAGGAGAUCAGCUCAACACCUGCACCAUCCGAACAGAAGGAGUGAUUGUACUUCACAAAGGACUUUGUGAACUGUUUUUCAAAAAUAAAAUAAAAAUAUAUAUAUAUUUAUAUAUGUGUAUAUGUAUACAUAUGUAUAUAUACAUGGAUAUAUGUAUAUGUAUAUAUACACAUGUAUGUGAAAAAAGACUCCUCGUGCCACUUUCUUCAAGAUUAAUAACAAAUGACAGACUAGAUUCACUAGUUCACUUCCCUGAUAAUGGCUCAAAGAUCUGGAAUUCCAAAUGUGUAUGCCGAUACCUCUUGGAAGUGGGAUGUCAACGCAGGAGUGAGUUAAGAGUUUGGGGACGGGAUCAAGGAGAAACGUCUUUGAAGCCCACCAUUGAAUGAGAUGCGAUGAUACAGAUGAAUUGUGCGAGAUAAGCAUCACCACAUGUAAUGACUGUUAAAAAAAAGGAAAUUGAAAAAGACUUGCCAACUUUCUACAUUCCUAUAUUUUAACCCAAAUUUAAGUAUUUUGUGGUGUAUAGAGAACCAUUUUAAAUAUCCAGAACAAGGCUUUGCCUCGUUUGUUUGAAAUCGCAUUUUACUUUUCAUAUUGGCUUAAAAAAAAAACACAAAACUAAAUAAAAACACAUUUGAGCUUGCUAUGUUCACAUUUGAAGUUUUAAAAGAAGCAGAGUUGUUAUGUGUUAAAUGUGAGCCUUGAUCUGCUUUUUGGUCUCUGUAAAUACAUUUGACCUAUUUUGUUCUUUAUUUUACUAAUGUUAAAAGAUGUUACUGGUUUUAUUGUAAAGUUGAUAAUGGUAAAUAAAUGUUGGUUACCUA